AUGGGAUGUGUCACUUAGAAACAAAAGAAAGAUUUUAAAUUUAAUACAAUUCCUAUUUAAGAAUAACCAUAAGAUGACUUAGAUGAAUGGACAAAAAUCAUCCAAUAAUAACAGGGCAAACAUUUGAAUAAUUAAGGAAAGGCAAUUAUGACUAAAAGCAAAACUCUAUCAGCUAAAUAUCAUCAACAUUUGGAAUAAAUAGAUGAAGAAGAAUAAUGA